AUGACAGCGAAGCUAUCCCUCGAGUUCAAAUCAUAUCAGGAAGAUGAAGAUUUUCUUUCACAACAGCAGCCGGAGCCGAAUAGACGCUCACAGACUUUGAUUUUCCAUCACAACGGCAAUAAAUGGUGGAUCAAAGUAACCGUCAAAGGAACAUUUACUAGCGCGCGCAACACGAAAGAGCCCCCAGUAUCUACCAAGCGAAAACGGCGACAGGAAUUUCAAGAUUUUGUCAGGCUAAUAAACUUCGAGUCAGUCUCUCUUCUCAAGGAUACUGUUACUGAAAUAAUCAUUGGGGAGGGCCUGGAAGCUACGGUCGCCAUCGAAUUGAACCAUAACGCAGAUACUCCUUCAAAUACUGUUGCAAAGUACGCCAGAAACCUACAAUGCGAGAUCCGUGAAGAUCCUUCAAGAGUCAACUAUCCUCCUUGCCAGGAUUUCCCGUCAUUCCGCAGGAUCAACGCCACGGAGUUAUCAGAUCGAGAGGAAAUAGUUGAUGGGGUUUUUCGAGUUACUCACGAUAGAACACCAUUGAUACUGAAGGUGGUAGACCGUCCUUUCUACCAGCCUCGUGACACGGAAGUUUUACGACAAGAGCUGGAAAACCUCAAGGAAUUCCAAGGAGUUUCCAAUAUCGCUCAGGCAGUCGGUAUUGCGGUAGACACCAACCCGUACUCUACGUCAACAACAUUAGACAGUCAACAGGUCGUCGUUGGGGUUUUGCUAGAGCUUUAUAGUGGUGGCUCACUACAGCAAGUAUUUGACGAAAAUUGCCUUGAGAAUUACUCUUGGCAGAAGUGGCCUCUUCAAAUCGCGAGGGCCCUACAUUGCUUUCACAGGGCCGGGAAGACCCAUCUGGAUGUAAAACCUUCGAAUGUUGUAUUGGAUGCAAGUGGAAAUGCUAUCCUUAUUGACAUCAGUGGUGUCGGCGGUAUAACUCGCGCGUGGUGUGCACCGGAAAUACGGAACACUCUAUCACCAUUUGAGCUCUCUUUCAACAUCCGUCAAUGGAGCGAUGUGUGGGCUUAUGGAAGGCUUCUAUUAGAGAUUACGAAACAUGCGGAGAAAAGCCCUUAUGUGAAGCAUUUGGAAUCAAUCGCUGAUGAACUCAUGAAAGAGGAUAUCCACAGGCCAAUUGAAUCGGCCGGUCCCACGGCCAUGGUGUAUAAUACUUUAAUGAACUUUUCAAGAAUCCUCCCAAUCAACAUCAUCCUUGUCGAAUCCCCCAUUGGUUCUGCCACCUAUAUGAAGUUAGACACGCACAUAAUAACCAGGCACAUUGGGGAUCUAGCACCUGGUCCUUCACGCUUGAGGUUUGGCUUUUUGUCACAUCCAGCGAUUCCACAGUGGGGCGAGCCACUGGUGGAAGCGUCCUCCCCAGUUCCCGGAUCACAGGCGGUUUUCCGAAGUUUGGCGGGCCCACAUGAAGACUUGAGGGUCUUAUAA